AUGUCGUACACCGGCGAGGAAUCUACCGGCCUGCAGGCGCAGCCGCCGAUGAUGGGGCCUGGCUCUGCGACGGCCGAUCAGACCAGCAUCGUCUCGGGUGGCAAGCUCGGUGGAAAGGGCAAGGGCAAGGGUAAAGGUAAGGGUAAGCGCGGUGGGAAGACUGGCGGCAAGGCAGGGCGUCGUGACCGCAUGUCGCGUGCCGCGCGCGCAGAGUUGAACUUCCCGGUCGGUCGCAUUCACUCUCGCCUGAAGGAUGGUCUCUACCGCAAGCAGCGUUGCGGUGCAUCUGCCGCUAUAUACUGCGCCGCUCUGCUGGAGUAUCUCACGACGGAGGUGAUCGAGCUUUCCGGCGCGGCGGCGAAGGCUCAGAAGACAGAGCGCAUCAAGCCACGCCACCUGUUGCUUGCCAUUCGAGGUGAUGAGGAACUGAACCAGGUAGUGAAGGCGACCAUCUCGCGCGGUGGCGUGGUGCCGAAUGUGCACAAAGCACUGGAGAAGAAGUCCAAGAAGAAGAGCGCCAAGCGUGCCGCGUAG